AUGAGUGAUAUAAAACGAAGGAAGAUGGAAGAUAUAGACUUGACGGAUAUAGACAUUGAAACAGAUGAGGUCCUAAAUUUAGAGGAAGUCUAUUAUCAAGAGGGCUUUCAAGAAGGUCAAGAACGUGGGGCUAAACAACAGCUCAUGGAAGGUAAAGAGUUUGGAUACCAAACCGGUUUUCAAAGAUUUUUGAUCAUAGGUUACAUAACUGGCCUUCUAGAAGAUUGGAGAACUAAUAUAGAGAAAUACGGAGGACUGGGAAACAAAUCUUUUGAGAAUCAUUUGUCACAAUUAGAAGAUUUGAUGAAGCAAAUCCAGCUAACAAAUGGAGAUGAAGAGGUUGCAACAUUUGAAAAAGUUAUUGGAAAAGCUCGAAAUAAAUUAAGAUUGUUAGCUACUUUAACAAAGGAAAACUGGAAGAUUAGUCAGGUUGAUUCUCUUGUGAAGGAGAUUGGAGGUCAGUUACAAGUUAGUGAAAAUGUUGAUGAUUUAUGGUAA